AUGCCUGAACCCUCUAAAUCCGCUCUGGCCCCGAAGAAGGGCUCCAAGAAGGCGGAGACCAAGGCGCAGAAGAAGGACGGCAAGAAUUGCAAGCGCAGCCGCAAGGAGAGCUAUUCCGUGUACGUGUACAAGGUGCUGAAGCAGGUCCACCCGGACACCGGCAUCUCUUCCAAGGCCAUGGGCAUCAUGAAUUCAUUCGUGAACGACAUCUUCGAGUGCAUCGUGGGCGAGGCGUCGCGCCUGGCGCAUUACAACAAGCGCUCGACCAUCACAUCCAGGGAGAUCCAGACGGCCGUGCGCCUGCUGCUGCCCGGGGAGCUGGCCAAACACUCGGUGUCCGAGGGCACCAAGGCCGUCACCAAGUACACCAGCUCCAAGUGA